CUGUUCUGCAGGCGCAGCCUAGACACUACACCUGGCAUCAAGACUUCGGCGUUCGAAGACGCUACUGCCGUCUACGGGCGUAAAUCACAGCCGUCAAUGGAAUGCUACCCUUCCCAAUACGAUUGGCUGCGGACUCCCAGGUAUCGUUACACACUGGUCCUUUCAAAAAAAGCAGUUCAUCCACACACUAUAAAUGUCAUCAAUGUCUACAGACUUCCUCCCUGCAAAUUCUUCUACUUCUCAGAGAAGCAUUCUCUUCGUUUCCUUCACCAAUUAGCUAGUAUCAAUUUUCUCUAAGCACGAUUGUACCCUCGUCAUGGCAGCGCAUCAAACGACAAAGGACACCUUUGGCCCUGGAACAUUCGUUGAUUGCGACUUCAUUGGUGUACCUGCCGAUGCGAGUAGACUACUGAAACACCUGGCUGGUAUCACACCUGGCUUCACGACCGAGGAGGCUGCCUUGAAUAAUGUCGAAUUCUCUGGGGGUGAACUACCCAUCAUCCCAGGACCCUUGAAAUCGCAGGUCUUUUCCGCCGUUCUACAUGCCAUGAUCGGAAUUGUUGCCAAAGAGAUCAGCGCACUUAAAGGCAUCGAAGCGGGUAAAAUCCACAUCGACACUGACAAGUGUGGUCUGUACCCUGCCACCGUAGCCCUCGUCGACAUCGACGGUAAAGGACUCGGUGAUGUCCAGACCGAUGGCACCCUUACAAAAGCCAGUCUGGAUGUUGACAAGGGCUGCGUUAGCAAGAAUCACAUGUAUAUUCGCUCGUGGGCCAUCUACCCGACUCGGGAUCCUCGCGUCUGGUAUCAGGUAAUGAGUAACCUCAACGCCCCAGCAUUCUUCAAGGCCUACGGCAUCGACGGAGAAGCCCCUGUUGGGACCAGAGAAGAGGCCUAUAAGUUGAUCAAAUCCACCAUCUCCGAGUAUUCGGCUGCCGAACUUGACAUCAAAAACAUGGAGAACGGAUUUUGCGGGCAGACUUGUUUCACACCACAACACUGGAGAGAAACGUCGAUGGGCAAGCGACUGGCUACGCACCCUUUGAUCGACUACGCACAGGUCAAGGGCACUUCAGCAUUGCCACCUGUACCUUUUCCACAGACUAGUGAUGCUCGCCCGUUGGCCGGCAUCAAGAUUGUUGAAAUAGCCCGCGUAAUUGCUGGCCCAGCAAUGGGAGCAGCUCUUGCAGCCUUGGGUGCGGACGUCAUCAAAGUUCAAAGCCCCGAUCUCCCCGAUCUGCAGCCUUUGAGUAUUACGCUUACAGUCGGUAAACGUACAUAUGCGUUGGACCUUCAGAAGGAGGAAGACAGGCAAGCCUUGACUGACCUGAUGGCGGGUGCGGAUGUUAUAAUUCAAGCAUUCCGCCUACGCUCUCUCGAACGGAAGGGCUUUGGGCUACAGGACUUGGUUGAGAUGUCGAGGCAACGUAACAAAGGAAUCGUCUACAUCGAUCUCAACACCUACGGUCCGGACGGCUACUAUGCAGAACGCCCGGGAUUCCAACAGAUUGCUGAUGCCGCUUCUGGAUGCUCUUAUGUCUGCGGCAAGGCUUAUGGAUUCGAGGACGGUGUCAGUGUGCUCCCUGCUCUUCCCGUUGCCGACAUGCUAGCUGGGGCGGUAGGUGUCGUCAACGUUCUCCUUGCUCUACGUGAUCGCGCAAUCAAGGGCGGAUCGUAUCACGCCACUUCAGUCUUAACGUCGGUGGAUGUAAUACAGCUAGGAGAGGCAUUCGGGUUGUAUUCGCCGGAUACAGUGAAGAAAAUCCAGGACAAGUUUGGUUUCAAACCCAUGACACCGGAUCUGCACGUGGAAGAUCUUCUCUACAUCCUUGGGAAGGCUUGGUCAAGCCAUUCAGACCUUCUGCACCGUGACGGAUAUAUGGUCACUUUCGACGAUACGGCGUAUGGCAAGAAGCACUCAAUACUGUCUCCGAUCGUUCGAUUUGACAACGAGGAUGUCAGUCCUCGCUGGACCCAUGGGCCUGUGGGAUAUUGUGCGUCAAAGCAUGAGACGUGGGCAUGAUCACACAUUGGUGAUACCGCCUCCAACCAGACCAUUCAUAGAUAAGGACUUCUAGUGGGAGUUUUUGCCAGUUUUGUUUUACGACGAAUCAGCCACAAAGCGAGUAGGACGUUUGCCGCAAACAUCAUGCGUUUCCUGAUAUCUUUCCGUUCUGCCCAAACACCAAUUUCGUAUAGAAUAGAUACCAGCACGGAAUGAUCUUCAUGGCGCGUUGACCUGCACUUUUUGGAUGUUCAAGAGAAGAAUGAGUUGCUUGGAGUUUGUGAGAGCACAACACAAAGAAGUGAGCUUAAAUACCCAGCUGAGCACGGGAGAAGGCCCGUACUUCCAGAGAUCCGCCAAGUAUAACUCUGUCAUGUACAAAGAGCUAGCUAAUUCAUGAUACCCUUGCCCUUCACGAACUCGUCCUUCCCAGGUUGGGGUACCAACUUGAGGCCCUGCUCCGGCCGACGC